AUGCGGGCACAGACUCACCAGCCCGUGUCAGACCGUCCCGGAGGAGCGCUGCCGAAGCUGUCUGUGCCGGCUACCCCGCCGCGAGCUGCUGGUUCUGGUGCUGGUGCUGGUGCUGCCGGUGCUGGCGCUGGUCCGCGUGCAGCGGCUGCGACGGCGAGAACAGGCGAGCCAAGCUUCGCACCAUCAUCCGGACAACUUUCCUCCGUCAUAGGCUCCGAAGGCACCUUUCUUCUCGUCGACGACCCUCCUGCCGCCGGCACUAGGGAUUCAUUCGCUUCCAUCGUCGACGAUCCGUUUUUCGUUCGUUACCACACCCCCGACCCUGACCCCGAUCCCGAACCCCAUCCCGCGACCCAUCCCCAUCCCGGCCCGCAAACCGCCCCGACGACGAGUGCUGGUCACCGUGAUGAGGAGCGACAGCCGUGGAUCCCGCCGCGAAAAGAAUCCCUGAGCCAUACCAAUCCGACCCCUUGGUUCGAGCAUGCCCAAUCCGAUAUGGAACCUAUCAACAUAGCCAUCAUUGGCGCCGUAGGCGUGGGCAAGUCCACCUUCAUACAACACCUGCGCCGGGCACCGCGACCGUCGGCCUCCAACAUCACGGCCCUACGCCACGAACUCGAUGGUGCCUCCUAUCUAGUCACGCUCGUCGAACUCGAUCUCGAGGGCAUCGAGCUGGACCCGAACCAGCCCGUACACUGGCCGAAGCAAAUCGGAGGACACUCGGUGCCCCGCAUGGAUGGCGCACUGAUCCUGUACGAUGCCGUGAAUGAGGGGAGCAUGCGGGAAGUGCCCCCAAUAAUGGCCGCCCUCGCGAAUUCCUCCCUGCCGACCGUUCUCGUCGCCACGAAAUGCGACACUCCCGACGACCUGCGGCACCCGGAUUUGGCGGGGCUCGCAUCCGCCUUCGCGACGUGCGCCGGCCAUUUCAGGACCGCGGCCAACGCGCCAGCCACUGCUCGGGAAUGCUUGCAAGCCAUGUUGAGAGUCGCGCUGGCCAACCGGAGAGGUGAGAUCUACGUCCCCGGCGCUUCAUCCCUGCCCCACUUGUGCUGCGGCCGCAUCAGCAGAGCGGUCACGAGCCUGCCAGCCGUCUACCAUGGGCUCGGUACCGACAAGUCGGAAGGCUCGGGUCCCAGGAGGCGCGCUGCUUCGACGGCAAAUCUAGAUGCGCCCAUGGAUCUCCAUAAUGGCCGCCCAAUCAGCCAGCACAGUAAGCACAGCAGGGCCAGUUCCGACUUCUCGCUUCUGCGGGGCUUUUCGCAGCCUCCCAACGAAGGUCACAGAGGUCCGCCGUCGAGAUCUCCGAGAUUGGAUUAUCAGAGCAUCGCUUCCAGCAGCAACCUGAACCCCAGCAGCGCCAUUCCCGAGGACGGCAAGCAACAGACCGUGUCGAGCAUGCUGCGGACCCCGGGCAUUCGCCUGGACAGCGGGGGGGAGUCCUUCCUCGAUGUUGACGAAUCCGACGGGGAGUCUUACCAGUACUCGGAAGACAUUCCGAUCCUGCGGCGGAGCGAGGACGGCUUUGACAGGCCGGCCAAGGUGACGGGUGUGAGCUUUGACGACCUUGUCGACAGGCUUCUUGCCCCGAAGAUGUCGAAAGCAGACCAGAACUUUGCCGACGUCUUCCUCUGCCUGUACCGGAAAUUUGCCGCACCGUACGAGCUGCUCGCGGCCAUCCGCGCACGGCUGGGCCGCCUGCGGGUCGACCGGGCGGUGGAAUAUCUAAUCAAAAUAGAGACGCAAAUGCGAACAAUCGAAGUGGUGGCGAAAUGGCUAUCACUGUACCCCGGGGACUUUGCCAGGUCGGCAACGAGGAGGAGUUUGGAGGAGCUGAUCCAGCAGCUGUCGAUGGAGCCGGUCUUCGUCGCAGCCGCACAGCAGAUGAGAGUGCAUCUUGACCACAAGGUCACCCUGGACGACGAUACAGGCUGGGCGAAAUCAGACCCGGCAGAUGAAAACGAGGGCAAAGAAGGUGCAGGUCAGAGACGCAGCGGGAUCGCAGAGUCGAUGAGCUCCUUGCAGCUGGAUGAUUCGGGUGUUCCCAGCCAACGGCGCCCGUCACAAAGCUCCGACUUGUCCGCUUUGGAGGGCCGCGGCGCCCGGGGCCCGGCACGGCUCCAUUUCCAUUCGGUCGAAGACUACGAAUGCGAGGCAGCCACGCUGGUACCAUCGCCCAUACUUCCCCUCAACAAAUUCAGGUACCACAUGUUUAUGGAGCUCGAUGUCGAGGACAUCGCAGACGAAUUGACGCGGAUAGACUGGGUCAUGUUCAGCUCGAUCCGUAUCCGCGACAAGGUACGACACGUCAGCUUGUCGCACGACCAGAAGGAGAAGUGCCGUAACCUCAAGAACGUCAACCGCAUGGUCUCGCACUUUAACCACGUCGCCCAUUGGGUCUGCAACAUGAUUCUCAUACGCGACAAGGCAAAGCACCGCGCCCCUUGCCUCGAGAAAUUCAUGGUCGUCGCCCAAAAGCUGCGCCAGAUGAACAACUACAACGGUUUGGCCGCCGUGCUGGCAGGCAUCAACGGCACCGCGAUCCACCGGCUCGCCCAGACGCGUGCCGCGGUCUCGCCGGAAGUGCAGAAGCGGUUUGCCGGGCUGGUGUUGCUGAUGGGCACGCAAAAGAGCCAUUUUGCUUACCGCCUCGCGUGGGAAAACUCGUCGCUGCCGCGCAUCCCCUUCAUGCCGCUGCACAGGCGUGAUCUGGUCUCGGCCGAGGAGGGCAGCAAGACGUUUGUGGGGCCCAACGGGGACCGAAUCAACUGGAAGAAGUUUGAGGUGCUUGGGGAGGUGCUGCUGCCGAUCAUGAAGAGUCAGGGGCAGCCAUAUCCGAACUUGCAACGACACGAUGCCUGCAAGGAGUUGAUCCUGGAUUGUCGGAUGGCGAAUGAUGACGAGGAAAUCUACCAGCGCAGCCUGCAGGUUGAGCCUUCAACUGGCGGCGUGGGGGAAUCGACCAAGAAGAAGUUCCCUUGGCUGGCCAAGUAG